AUGGCGCGUUCGUCACCCGUUGUACUUAUCUUAGGCCAUUCCUUCGUUCGUAGGCUGUGUCAUGACUUGGAAACAGGUUUUGAGCAGCGGGCAGACCUAAAUUUUAACCUUAAGGGUACUGCUGUGGUUUUUAUGCAUGGUGUGGGAGGUCGGACAGUGCCUAAACUUCGCAUGUUUGAUCUGCACGUGGUCAAACAGUUGUCUCCGGAUAUCAUAAUUGUGGAGAUAGGGACAAACGAUUUAACUCGUGUCGGUCCUGAAGUGGUGGGUUCAGAAAUAGAUGAUUUUGUUCGUUUCUUGGUGGAUAAUCUCGCUGUCCGCGUGGUCGGCGUUUGUCAUGUUAUUCCACGUGUUUCUCAUGUGCCGCGUCCCAGACUUCAUUUCUCACGAGCGCUACCGCUUUGAAUCAGUACACGAACGCCGUUUUAGGAGACCUUCCCAAUGUUUUUUGCUUGGUGCACACCCCUUUUUCGUCCCCCGGUAAGGAUUUUUAUUUAAAUGAUGGCGUUCAUUUAAAUUCUGUUGGUCAGUACCAGUUAUAUCGUAGCUAUCGAGGCGCUAUCUUAAGAGCAAUUCGCAUGCUUUGAAUAUUUGUCACGUUUUUGCGUUUUUACAUUUGAAUAUACUGCUUAUUUGAAUUUUGACACCUUUUCAUGUUUUCGCAUGCGAUAAUACCGCUUAUUUCCUUCAUUUUGUGCUUUGCUUUCUUUAAUUUUUAGAUUUGUAAUGGACACCUUUUUCGUUUUAUUUAUUCGGGGUUUCUCUCCGGUUUUUGGCUCCCCGUGUUAUUGUGUGGACAUUUCGUCCCAGUUUGUUACGAUGGGUUCGCAUAUAUAAGGUUUUACCUUGUGCUUCCCUCGUCAUGUUUGAGCUUUUUAGCUCAGUUUUACUUGUUGAGGAAUUUACUGUUAAUUCCUUGUGUUUGAGGAGCCUUUGUGUGUUUUAUUUUACUUUGGCCAUUUUUUGUGGGCUUGCUGGUGCGUCGACUUCUUGUCUGACAUGGCAUGACCCGGCCUGUUUGUUUUAUUUUAAGGUGUUCAUGUCUUCUAAAUGUUCUUCUAAAUUGGUCUUUAUAAGCUGUCUAUUUCCAUGAUUCCUCCCCUUUUUCUUCUCCAUUUGUUUGCAGAUAAUGCCUCCUAAGAGAGCCAACUCUGCCUCCACUGUUGCUGCCCCAGCCAGAAAGCGUUCCCGCCGGGUCAAAUCUAGUCAAGGCUCAGCAGGAUUUGUUCAGCAGACGCAGCCUCAAAAGGUCUUGGCCGAGGUCUUCCCUCAAUUUCUUGUGGAGCAGAUCGUCAGUAGGGUGUCUGAUGAGGUUACAAGACGGCUCUCAUCAACAGGUGGAGACCAGAAUGCUAAUGAUCACCAGAUUCCUGACCAGGUUUCUGACGUGCCGGUUACUGGCGAUGCAGCUGGAGCUGACCAGAUAUCAGAGGUGCCUGCGGUUGGAAUUCCUGCAGAUAGUCCUGGUCAAUCAGUGAUACACGGAGCUGUUAGCCAAUUUCAG